UUCUCCAAUUAACUUUUAAAACCACCCCUAUCUAAAUAACCCAUUUUCGUUUUUUUUCUUCCUUCGUCGAGCCCUAAUCGCGCCGCUCGAAGAUCUUUAGCCUUAGUCGCUCGAAACCGUCGCGUAGCUCGAAGACCUCCAGUCCGUUCGAUCGUCAAGGCGAAGCCCAUCAACGUCGAUUCUCUGUUGUCGCCGUCAGCCUCCUCGUGUCCGCCGUCUGAGAGAAUAACCCAGUCGUCGUCGUAUCGACGCCGAACCACGCAGCCGGUCACCGCGCCGCCUCUAGCCAUCGAGCCGUCGACAGAUCUGCUCCACAGUCCUUUAACCGUCCAUUUUCGACGCCUAGCCACUGUCCUCCAUCGGUCACUGCCUUCCUCCUCCACCGUUCGUCGGAUCUUGGCUUGCGGUGGAAUUUUGGAUAAGAUUGGGUUUCUCUUGGGUGCUUUCUUCGUGUAUCAGCCCCUCGUUUUGUUCAAUCAACCGCAGCGCCCUCCCACCUUCAGCCUUCCUACUCCGCCGAUCACACGACGCCCCUUACGAGCCGCCAACGGCGGUGUAAGGCUGCGACGCACUGCCUCCUCAGCGUGCAGCGGCGCAUGCGACCCACGACAAACGCGUGAGUUCCGGCAACAGUGCCUUGCAAACAGUGACGCUUCUACCCAAGAACCUGACUCGUGGCGGUUCCCGGCGACGCCUCCGUGUACAAACGGCGGUUCACUCGGCAGCAGCAGCAAACCAACGUGACCCACGCGAUUUCGGCGGUUUACAGCGAGUUUUCCUCAUUCCGACAAGGUUUGGGCCUAUUCAGACACUAAUAGACAGCAAGGUGUCGGGCUGUUUUGCAGGGUUCAGUUGGUAAUAGCAUGCUUUAAAAUCUUAAUGUUUUUUGUGCUCUUCCUAUUUUGUGAUCUAUGCACAGGAAUUUUCAAUUGGAACAUUGGUGAAGAAUUCCUUCUUUUGAUUCAAGUAACCUGAAAACUUGCAAGUUGUCGUUAUGGGCAAACCAGUCUCUCGGUCAGAUUCGAAAUCUAAAGCUGAACGCAAAUUUGAAAAGAAGGUCCAGUUUUAUGAGAGAGUUGGAGAAACUAUUUCUACCUUGAAUGCUCAAAAGACUAUUAGUAAGAAAAGCUAUCGAAGACGUAAAAGAGACUUGAAGGCUUUUGAUCUUUCUAUUUUGUCCGAGUUUCUUCCUGGAUUGGCGCCUAAACAAAAACCUUCUGCAGCCGAGUCAAAACUAAAUUGCAAGUCUAGGCUAAAGUUUAUGUUGAAGGAGAGAAAGCAAAUGAGUACUGUUCUUAAUCACCCUGUAUUUCAGGCAGACCCAUUGAGAGCUAUUCGACUACAUUUAGAGGGCACACAACCAAUUGAGGAACCAAAGAAAAAGAAGACGAAUAAAAAUGGGAGCAAGAAAAGGAAAGAGAAGAAGUCGAACGCCUCUGCAAGACCUUCCUCUAUGGAGAUGUGACUAAUUUCUCGCAGGCUUUGUUUUGCCAUGUAAGCCGCUUGGUAAAUGCUUUCAUGCUCAUUUUAAUUUGUGAAAUCAACUUUUUUUUGUUACCAUUAACAGUUGAUCUCAAUUGAGCUCUGAAGCCCCCCGAAAAGGAUCUGGUAGAUAAUUUUUGUUUUUGAAUGCAUAGGCAACCAAACAGUCCCUCCAUCUGGAUUCUGUUUGUAAUCAUCCAGAAAAUAGAGGAAGAGAUUUUGAUCAAAUUACAUUUCCAAACUUUUUUGGAUAUUAUAAUUAA